ACCAUGGAGCUGUCUGGAGUCCUCUCUCUGCUCCUGGGGGUCUGCGUCUCAUGCCUCCUGUUGGUGGCCUCGUGGAGAAAGGCGCUGGCGAGGAGGAAGCUCCCCCCGGGUCCCACACCGCUUCCCUUUGUCGGGAACAUUCUGCAGCUGGACACCAAGGCGUUAGCCAAAUCAAUCCUUAAGUUCCGAGACACGUACGGCCCCGUGUUCACCCUGCAGCUGGGCUCGGAGCGGGCCGUGGUGCUGUGCGGCUACGCGGCGGUGAAGGAAGCCCUGGUCGACCGCGGGAAGGAGUUCGGGGGAAGGGGGAACAUGGCCACAGCCGCGAGGAUCACCAAAGGGUUUGGAGUGAUCUUCGCCAAUGGGGAGCGGUGGCGGCAGCUGCGCCGGUUCUCCCUCACCACGCUGCGGAACUUCGGCAUGGGGAAGCGAUCCAUCGAGGAGCGGAUCCAGGAGGAGGCCCAGCGCCUGGUGGAGGAGCUCGGGAACACAAAGGGCUCGCCCUUCGACCCCACCUUCCUCCUGGGCUCCGCCGUCUCCAACGUCAUCUGCUCCAUCGUCUUCGGCAGCCGCUUUGACUACCAGGACCAGGAGUUCCUCACUCUGCUGAGCUGCAUCAACCAGAACUUCCGCCUGCUGAGCUCCCGCUGGGGCCAGCUGUACAAUGCGUUCCCGACGCUCCUGGCCGCUCUCCCCGGGCGGCACAACGCCAUGUUCCACAACGCGGACACCCUCAAACGCUUUGUGUCGGAGCGAGCGAAGCGGCACCAGGACUCCCUGGAUCCCAGCUGUCCUGACAGCUACAUCGACUGCUUCCUGCUCCAGAUGGACCAGGAAAAGCAGAACCCCGACACUGAGUUCACCACCGAGAACUUGGUCAUGACGACGCUGGAGUUGUUCUUCGCCGGGACGGAGACGGUCAGCACCACCCUGAGAUACGGGAUCCUGCUUCUCAUGAAGUACCCCGAGAUAAAAGAGAAAGUUCACGAGGAGAUUGACCGGGUGAUCGGGCGGUCCCGCUUGCCGGCCACCGAGGACCGGAGCCGCAUGCCCUACACCGACGCCGUGAUCCACGAGGUGCACAGAUUCGCGGAUGUCCUCCCCAUGAGCCUCCCGCACGUCACGACCCAAGACGUCCAGUUCAGAGGAUACGCGAUCCCCAAGGGCACCACCGUCAUCCCCUUGCUGACCUCAGUCCUCCAGGAUACAAGCCAGUUCAGGAACCCGGACGACUUUGACCCUGGGCAUUUCCUGGAUGGGAACGGGCACUUCCAGAAGAACAGCGCCUUCAUGCCGUUCUCUGCAGGCAAGCGGGUGUGCCUGGGCGAGAGCCUGGCUCGCAUGGAGGUCUUCCUGUUCCUCACCGCCAUCCUGCAGCGCUUCACCCUGCAGCCGCUCGGCGACCCGGGCGCCCUCGAUGCCAGCCCCGUGGAGAGCGGGGUGGGGAACAUCCCCCACCCCUACGAACUCCGGCUGCUCCCGCGCUACAGCGCACCCGCCUCAAACUCCUCCCCCCCCCGGGCACCCUUUGAUCCCAUCUUUAACCUGAGCCGGGCCGUCUCCAACAUCAUCUGCUCCAUUGUCUUCGGGAACCGCUUUGACUACGAGGACGAGAAAUUCAUCACCCUGAACAAGCUCAUAUUCAAGCGGUUCCGUUUCGCAGGUUUAUCCUUGGCCCAGGGAUGGCCGGCAGGGACCCUGAUCCCCGUCCAUGGCAAUUUCCUCCGGACUUCCAGAACUGAACCGUCCAGUGAUCAGAAAUGA